GAAAAUAUCUAUAACGAACAGGAAAGAAUUUUUUUCGACCCUAUGGAGGAUGUUCUAGCGCAGAUCACAAAUCUCAACAUUGUACUGGAAAUUAUUAUCUCUCAAAGCUCCUAUUUAGACACUCACAAGUCUAUUGAAGAAAAAAAAACGGGAAGAAAAGCGAUAAUAAAAAGCCAAAAAGGCCGUUACCCAAACUAA